CUAUUAGUUAUUUUGUUGUGAAGAGCUUAUUUCCCAGCAGCAAUGCCUGAACCAGCCAAGCCAGCGCCUAAGAAGGGCUCCAAGAAAGCCGUGACUAAGACUCAGAAGAAGGAUGGGAAGAAGCGGAAGAGGAGCAGGAAGGAAAGCUAUGCCAUCUACGUGUACAAGGUGCUGAAGCAAGUGCACCCGGACACUGGCAUCUCCUCCAAGGCCAUGGGCAUCAUGAACUCCUUUGUUAAUGACAUUUUCGAGCGAAUCGCAGGGGAAGCCUCACGCCUGGCUCACUAUAACAAGCGCUCCACUAUCACUUCCCGGGAGAUCCAGACUGCUGUCCGUCUGCUGUUGCCGGGAGAGCUGGCUAAGCACGCAGUGUCUGAGGGCACCAAGGCCGUGACCAAGUACACCAGCGCCAAGUAAUCCUGAUCCCAUUGUUCACAAUAUCUUCUACAAACCCAAAGGCUCUUUUAAG